UUGUGCGAGGCGUGGAUGGGCUGGAGGGCUUUUCCUCUACUCCCUGCGGCCUCCGGGACUACAUCGCCAACGCGUCAGGACAAAAUGCCCUGGGAAGGGAAGGACAGGGAGGCAAAACAGUUUCCAGGAACUUCUCCUUGUUGUUGCUGCUGUUUUGAAUCUACGAGCCAAAGAAUUGGAUAAAUUUAGUUGUAACUAAACAGAUCUUUGUGCAGUCUGGCACAAUGGCUGAUAGUCUGAACUGUGAUUUGAAGUCUCUGAGUCCUCUUCAGCUGUUUGAAAGAGUAACUGAACAAGGAGAGAAAGUCAGAGCAUUGAAAGCAGGAAAAGCACCAAAGGAUGAAAUUGAUGCAGCAGUAAGGAUGCUAUUAUCAUUAAAACUGUCAUAUAAAACAACAACAGGACAAGAUUAUCAGGCAGGCUUGCCUCCAAAAGAUCUUGUAUUAAUAAACAAUGGUACAACUAAAGAAGAGGAUGAGGAUUUGGUAGAUCCCUGGAAUGUGCAGACGUCAAACGCUAAAGGCGUGGAUUAUGACAAGCUCAUAGUUCGAUUUGGCAGCAGUAAAAUCGACACGGAUCUGAUCAAUCGAAUAGAAAGAGCUACUGGGCAAAAACCUCACCACUUUCUACGUAGAGGAAUCUUUUUUUCUCACAGAGAUAUGGACCAAAUACUCGAUGCUUAUGAAAAUAAGAAGUCCUUUUACCUCUAUACAGGCAGAGGGCCAUCCUCUCAGGCAAUGCAUGUUGGUCAUCUUAUCCCAUUUAUGUUCACAAAGUGGCUGCAAGAAGUAUUUGAUGUUCCCUUAGUUAUACAGUUAACUGAUGAUGAGAAAUACCUUUGGAAGGACAUGACAGUUGAGAAAGCAUAUGAAUAUGCUAAAGAAAAUGCAAAAGACAUCAUCGCUUGUGGUUUUGACAUCAAUAAAACGUUUAUAUUUUCAGAUUUAGACUAUUUAGGGACAAGUCCUGGAUUCUACAAAAACAUUGUCAAGGUUCAGAAGCAUGUUACCUUUAACCAAGUGAAAGGAAUCUUUGGCUUUACAGACAGUGAUUGCAUUGGUAAGAUCAGCUUUCCUGCUAUUCAAGCUGCCCCAUCCUUCAGUUCAUCAUUUCCACAGAUCUUCAAUGGCAAGGAGAGCAUUCAGUGUCUUAUCCCCUGUGCUAUCGAUCAGGAUCCUUAUUUUAGAAUGACACGGGAUGUAGCACCUAGAAUUGGGCAGCCUAAACCAGCCUUACUUCACUCAGUCUUCUUCCCAGCCUUACAAGGAGCCCAGACCAAAAUGAGUGCUAGCGACCCAAACUCCUCCAUCUUCCUCACUGAUACACCCAAACAAAUCAAGACAAAGAUUAACAAGCAUGCCUUCUCUGGAGGCAGAGAUACUAUUGAGGAGCACAGGAAGUACGGAGGGAACUGUGACGUUGAUGUGUCUUUUAUGUACCUGACAUUCUUCCUGGAAGAUGAUGACAGGCUCGAACAACUGAAGCAGGCCUACACCAGUGGGGAAUUGCUCACAGGGGAGCUGAAGAAGGUACUUAUUGAAACAAUGCAGCCCUUGAUAGCAGCUCAUCAAGAAAGAAGGAAGCAGGUCACAGAUGAAGUUGUGAAGCAAUUCAUGACUCCACGGAAGCUAGCCUUUGAAUUUUGAAGAAGUGUGUAUGUAAUUUAGCACUUGAUAAUGCAAAACCAAGUAAUUGUUGUCUUCUGUUGUAUGUCAUGACCCUCUAGUUAUGUACAGCCUGUAAUCAGUGUUAUAAAUAGUGCUUUCAAUGAGUUAAUUAUCAUGAACAGCAAAGUACAGAAAAAGUUUAAAAUUGUACCUAUUUAAAUUCAGAAUAUACAAGACAAUGGAUCAGUCUUGCAGAAAAGCAUGUAUGUCAGCACAGCAUUGUAUUUAAAUGUAUUUCAUGUUGAAAAUAUAAAUAAAAUUUCCAUUUGAUGAUAAAGGCUAACUUGGAAAUUGUUUUAAAUAUGUUAGUAAGAGGUCAUAUCUCAAACCAAUAAGUAGUAGCUCCAUUUUCUUUUGUACUGUGUACCUUGGUUUACUAGACUGCAUGUUCUUUUGGGCUACUGGGAACAUGCUGCACGCAAAAAGCUAGUUAGUGUUACAAAGUGGGAUCAAUACAGAAAGAAUGGACAUCUGUGAGUUGAACACAGGAGAAAGAAUAUCAGUCUUGUUCUGCUGUUAUCUUCCUGUUUGAUCUUGGGCAAGUUGCAGAAAUCUCACUUUACUUUUGUUUCUGCUGCUGUUUACUGAUCUGAGUGCCUCUGGAGAGAGGAGGUUAUCAUGAGGUUGCAAAGUUCCUUCAUAUUCUCAGGUGGAAGAUAGUAUAGAAGUGCAAAUUUUAGUGUCUAGUUAUAAAUACCAAGUGUUAAAUCAUGCUUUGAAAAUUAAGUGACACUGGACACAGGGAUACUUCUUGUACUGUCCUCUUUUACUGCACGAGCUUGUUUAAACUAGGGAUAAUUAUUUUAGGAUGUAUUGCAGUGAGAAAAUAUACUUUGUUAAAAUACCUCAAGUAAUAUUUAAUUAUAUCCUUUCUUCAAAAGAACUUAAAUCUCUUUGGUACUACUUAUGGAAGAAAAUUUCCAAUUAUUAGCUUGUUUUGAUAUAUUCGGUGCUGAAUGCAAUGUUAGAUCUGUCUUAUAUUUAUAUAGAACAGAAAGUUCCUAGCCCAGAAAUAGUCUAAUCAAGGGUAUUUUUAUUUAAUGCAGAUAACGCGUGGGUAUUGGUGUGCGGUAUUUGUAAAUCAUUUAAAAAUACAAGGAAGGCACUUGAAUGAGAUGUCAAAGAUUUCAACUUAAAAGAUUCUCUGUGGUGGAGUAUAGUGAACAUAAAUUGACUGUAGUAUUCCUAAAAAAAAAAUAAAACUAAAAACAAGCAGCUUCUAAUUUCACUGCAGAUCUUUGAAGGCAGCUGAUUACACUUGAAUUGAGGGAGACGUUUCAAGGAUGAGACUUGUCACUGACUUCACUGACUUCAGUAGCCCUUGGAUCAGUCUGUUAGUACCUGAGAACGUGCUGGGUGUUUGUGCUGCCCGGAGCUGGUGCCACUGCCUUCCCCCCAGCAGCGGUUCUGUCACACAGCACACACCCUCUGCAGCGUGACCCUGCCUUGCUGACAUGGAAGUGCCAAGGUGUACAUGAAGUAAACCUGUUCAUUUAUGUUUGUGCAAGGAACCAAGGAAAGACAGAAGUGGAAGGCAAAUGUAGUCCUAUUGCAUGAGUCUCAAACUUGUGCUGAAAAUAGCAAGGCUUAGCUUUUGUCUUUUUCUUUACAGUUUGUGUGAGCUGGCAUCACUAAUGCCAUUGACUUUAAUGUAUUAAUGAAAAUGGUUCACAGAGACUGUCUUUAUAACUCACACGCAAAUCAUCUCAAUGCCAGCAAGGGCUUAACAACCAGUAGAAAAAGAAUUUAUUUUUUAAAAGUAGUGGAGCAAUUCUUAGGGAAAAAAAUAGCUUCUUAAAUCCAGUAUUAAAUAAGCUAACUCUUUACUUUAGACUUUGAUGAUGACCUUCCUAUUCUUGCAGUCUAUUCUUUGUUGUCUUUAAGCCAUAUAUAAACGAUAAGACUUAAAUUGCAUUUAAAAGGGCUUUUAUGAACUCAUAAUGCAAAUUUCUUGUUUAAAAUAUUAUAUGCAGAUUUGUCCUGCAAGAUUUAUUUCAUUAACUAAGAAUUAAUUUAGUUAUUCAGGAAAGGAAAAUAUGCUGUAGGAGAAACAGUACUCUAGUCUAAGCAGAUGGAUUAAUUUUAUAACAACAAUUAAAAUCUGUUUCGAAAGUUCUAGAAAGGAAAGUGAUAGCAAAACUAUUUAGUAUUUGUUUACAGAGCAAGCACUGUUUUCAAGUACUCUGAUGAAUUCAUACCAACAUGCUUCUGAAAUGACACUGUUUCUCAGAAGAGCCUUGGUGAAUUCCUACAUCUGUUGUAAUUACAAUUCAUGUCCCAGAGGCAUUUAGAAGAAGGCAGUUGUCAAAAGUACAUGUGAAAUGUCUAAGAAUGUUAUCAGGCAAUGUUCAUUACAUUUUACUCGAUUCACUUAUUUUGUUCAUCUCACUGUAAUAAAAAUGUAGAUAAAAGUCUGUAUC